AUGGAUAAGAAUCCUCUUUACAAAUCACUCGCCGUUGUGCUGGAUGAAGUUGAUUCCAUUCGUAUCUGGUCUCCGUACGAUGGCAAUUGCAUAGCAAAAACUAGAGAUAACAAACGAUGCAAACAUUAUUCUGGCAGGUUGGAUGAACGGGAAGAAGUCGAGAAGCUACAAUCCAAAUUUGACGCAAUCACAAAAAUUCCAAACGUCGAUGAUAAGUUCUGCGCGGAUGUCAGGCACUUUGUCGAAUAUAGACAUUGCAGUCAGGCUCACCGGGAGAAAGCCAUGAAGGCUUUCGAAGAAUGGAGUCCGUCAUCUAUGAGUGCUUCGCCACCAAAAACUACGGCUUCUUCUGAGGGCUCUCAGGAAGCCGAGCAAGAUUCCAACGACGAGACAGCAUCGAGUCUGAUACCUGACAAUGAUACAGUUGAUACGCUCCCUUCUAGUCCGAAAUCAGUUAACGUGGUAACGGACCAUUUGAAAGAACUCACUCUCACGACUCUCACCAAACAAGCUGUUAUCGUGUCAGGCGGUCAAGUCGUCGGACUAGGAGAAGAAACAAUUACCACUGCCGACAACAGCGUUAUCGACAUAGAUGACGGUACUACAAGUCAAACUGAAGAAGUCACACAAGUCAGCCUGGACUCCGACGUUUCAAAAAUCACUGGACUUGGCAGCGCCAAUCUUCGGCGGUCAGGAUCAAUGAGAGAUAGUUCAUCAAUAUUUGAAGAACUGUACAAGCGUCCUACAGACAAAAAGAUGGCCAAAGGAAUCGUCUACAUCCUCGAAAGCACCAACGAACCAGGCCACUUCAAGGUCGGAUACACUGAAAAAAGCACAAUAAAAAGACUCAGUCAGCCCAAAAACUGCUAUGGAAUCAAUACGAAGAUCAUCCAUCAGACCCAAGGUGGCCACUUCAGUGGCGCCUACCAAGCGGAGCGAAUCGCCCAUGUUGUACUACGGCAUUUCAACCUCAUCGUGAGCAACUGCAUUUUUUGUCAGGGGGCUCACAAAGAGUGGUUCAGGGCUCCAGAAAGCGUGAUCCGCGAAACAGUCAUUGGAAUCGAGAAUUUUGUGAAGAUGCCAGCUUACACGCUGCAAAUGGAUGACACUCAGAAAAAGGAGGUGUGGAAGCUGACGGAUAAGGCUCAUGACAUUCUCACACAAAUGUGCAGCUUUUCUAUUCACAGACUGAGCGUUUGCAUAGCCGUAAAUGCAAAGAGCAGCCACGAGAAGCCCGUUCUCGAUGCAUACAUUGGGGCGCUGUCCCUGGAAGACGCGUCGAAGGAAGAAUAUGCUCAUGAUGAUGGACCAGGUCAUGAUGCUGUCCCUUCAGCGAAUAUCAGACGGUCAAACAGACUGGCAAGGCAAACUGCCGUGGUAGUUAAACAAGCGAAGAAGUUCUUCCGCAGGUCUUCAGGCGGAGUCAAAGGUGUUUCCAGCUCUGAGGCUGAGGUGGCACCACAGCCUCUGGGGGAGUUUAUGGACAGAUUUCGCGAGUUGAUGCAAGACUUCAAAAACGACUUUAAUGAAGAGAUGAGGCGCAACAGUCAAGAGCAGAUGGUGUAG